GUUUAGUGCUGCGGCGUGUAAUAUGUGACAGCUGGGCCACAAACUCGUCUACAAUGAAGGAGCUUGAUCGCGUCGGUUGCUGACUGUCUCCGUCGAUUCGACGCGGCUCGGGCCAUAUUGCUAGACUCGUUUAAAGGUCUAGCAAGUACCCCGUAUCGGCUCCAUCGAGAGCGAAACGCGCGAUAUGACGGAAGUGGAACGCCCCUCCUUCAUUCCUCCUCGGAAAAGAAACGGCAACAAGUCUUCGCCGCGAUCGGUGAGCACGAAGCAGCAGAACAACGGAAUAUGCUCAGAUCACCGAACGGUGCCGGCGGCCAGGCCAUGCAGCGCCGCUACGAGCCCCGUCAAGACCCCCGACAGCGAUCGCAGCUGCGGGCCAGCAGGCUCGCGGCCUCACCGCAAGCUGUCAGUCGAGUUCCAGCUCGAUCCGGAAGAGCGGGACCCGGACCAGUGGACCACGGACAGGUCUCAGGCAACGGACAACGUUAGCACGGACGGAGAACUGUCCAGCGUCACCGAGCGGUCUUCGCUGAGGGCCGACGGGGACCGCUACGUGACUAUGACGGGAACCAUCAAACGGGGCAAGAAGAAAGGCGCCACGAUCGACAUGAAGGUGAACAUUUCUCGGGAAGAGCUGGACGAGAUCGAGAGCAGCAUCAAGGAUCAGAAGACCAGCGACGAGGAGGACGACUGUUUCUUCGGCAUGAGCAGAGGCCCGCACGUGCUGUUCCUCUCCUUCGUGCUGAUGCCUGUUGUGUUCGUCAUCUCGGCCGGCAAUUCCUUCUACUUGGGCACCAUGACGUGGUACAACAUCCUCGUGGUUCUCAGCGAGAAGCGCUCCAUAUUCCACAAGGUGCUGCUCAGCCCAUUCUGGAUCAUCUUCUACCCAUUCCUCAUCGUGCCGGCCGUGAUCGGGCUCGGCGUGUACGCGGCUGCCGUCCAGAUCUCGUGGGAGUACGACAAGUGGAAGCGAGAGGUGCCCGAUUGGGAGAAGGGCUUCUACGGCUGGCUCUGCUGUCUCUUACACAUGGAAGAAUGCAGUCCCUACGACGUCGUCGUGCUCACCGACGUCCAGCGAGCCGACGAAGCGCAGCCGCAGAAGUCCACGGCGGACACACCUGUCUAGGUGGUUGUAGUUCGCCGUUUAGAUCCCCGCAUACGCCUGCUCGGUGGCGGUGAAAACGUAGCCUCAGAGAUUGACUCCGGCAGUGCGCCCUAACCACGAUGCCCCAACGGCGCUUUGCCGAAGCUAAUCGUGAAGGCCAAGGUGAAAAGCUAGCAGUGCGCACCCAACUCUAGAGGGUCUGCUCUGAAAGUUCCGGCCCUCUUUUUUAAUCCUUAGUGAAAUGGCUAUUGCCAUCACUAGCUUUUAAUGAGAUGCUUGGGUGUAGAAAGGUAUCAUAUUCAGUGCUAUUUAGCAGUACAUGGCUCAUUAAUGGCCUCCCGUUAGUAAUAUCUACCGAAUAUAGAGUUUCGUACAAUUACCUAGAGAGUAAACUGGCACUGCGUUCAUUGUACCAUCAUGGGAAUGAUGGGAAGUACUGGCUUCAAAUUGGAGAGUGUUAGUUAGCAAACUGUCUAGUAUUUUUUUUACAGUUAGAGGUCUUGUUCUUCGCAUGGAGUGUCACACAACACAGGCACUGCUUGAGUACAAAGCACACAAGCAGUGCCCGUGUUCAAAGGGGCCAAAAACCGCUAGGUCACUUGACUUGCUGCCACAUAAGAGCUUUACAGGGUGGGUGUAUUGGACAGCGUCAUGCACUCACCGCUGCGCAUAGACCUGGUGUUCCAUGCCAGUGCAGGAUAUCACGUAGAGUUCACAUUGCUUAAUAAGCACAUCUUGCCAAAAUGUGUCCAAAUCGAAUGUAAAUCGAUGGAGAAGCUAAGUGGACAUACCAUCACGCUCCUCUGACUCAAUGUCACAAGAACACGAGAGAUGCAUUUUGCAGGCGGGCCACUUGGACAGAUGCACCUGGCAUCGUAGCAGACGAUACAUGUGUUUCUCACUCAAAACAGUAUUGUUAUUUUUAUAAAUAGAUAAUGUGUACAAUCGAAGGAGAAACGAGCAUGUUUGCUUUCAAGUGUUGUAAAAAAGUAAUU